GCCCCGGCUCUGCACACCCCGCCCGCCGGCCCGCGCGGCUAGGGCUCCGGCUCCUGCGCUGUGGGACGGCGGCGCGCGCGGCUGCUCAGCUCUCCCCGCUCCAGCGCCGGCCGCCAGCAUGGACGCUCGCCGCGCGCGGCAAAAGGAUUGCAGAGCAAAGAAGAACUUCAAGAAAUUCAGAUAUGUGAAGUUGAUUUCCAUGGAAACCCCGUCAUCCUCUGAUGACAGUUGUGACAGCUUUGCUUCUGAUAAUUUUGCAAACACAAAACCUAAAUUCAGGUCAGAUAUCAGUGAAGAACUGGCAAAUGUUUUUUAUGAGGACUCUGAUAAUGAAUCUUUCUGCGGCUUUUCAGAAAGUGAGGUGCAAGAUGUGUUAGACCAUUGUGGAUUUUUACAGAAAUCAAGGCCAGAUGUCACUAACGAACUGGCCAGUAUUUUUCAUGGCGACUCUGAUGAUGAAUCAUUUUGCGGUUUCUCAGAGAGUGAGAUACAGGAUGGAAUGAGGCUACAGGCGGACCGCGAGGGCUGUCGGACCCGCAGUCAGUGCACGCGGUCGGGACCUCUCCGCGUGGCCAUGAAGUUUCCCACUCGAAGCACCAGGGGAGCAGCCAACAAAAGAACAGUGCCCUCUGAACCCCCAGAGAAUUCUGUGACCGAUUCCAAUUCUGACUCGGAAGAUGAAAGUGGCAUGAAUUUCUUGGAGAAAAGGGCUUUAAAUAUAAAGCAAAACAAAGCAAUGCUUGCAAAACUCAUGUCAGAAUUAGAAAGCUUCCCUGGCUCCUUCCCUGGAAGGCGUUCCCUGCCGGGCCCCAGUUCACGUCCAAAGACCCCGAGGAGGCGCACAUUUCCAGGUGUCGCCUGCAGGAGAAAUCCUGAGCGGAGAGCUCGUCCGCUCACAAGGUCUAGGUCCCGGGUCCUUGGGUCACUCAUGGCCCUGCCCACAGAGGAGGAGGAGGAAGAGGAAGACAAGUACAUGCUGGUGAGGAAGAGGAAGCCCAUGGUCGGCUACAUGAAUGAAGAUGACAUGCCCCGAGGUCGUCGCCCCGGACCCAUGACCCUUCCCCAUGUCGUUCGCCCGGUGGACGAAAUCACGGAGGAAGAGCUGGAGAACAUCUGCAGCAACUCCCGAGAGAAGAUCUAUAACCGUUCAUUGGGGUCAACUUGUCAUCAGUGCCGCCAGAAGACUAUCGAUACCAAGACAAACUGCAGAAACCCAGAGUGCUGGGGCGUUCGAGGACAAUUCUGUGGCCCCUGCCUUCGAAACCGUUACGGUGAAGAAGUCAGGGAUGCUCUGCUUGACCCAAACUGGCACUGCCCACCGUGUCGCGGGAUCUGCAACUGCAGCUUCUGUCGGCAGCGAGAUGGGCGGUGUGCGACUGGGGUGCUCGUGUACUUAGCCAAGUACCAUGGCUUUGGGAACGUGCAUGCUUACUUGAAAAGUCUAAAACAGGAGUUUGAAAUGCAAGGAUAAUAACUGGAAGAUCCACUCCCUGCCUUCCACUUCGCAGAUCUUCCUUGUUAAAGUCUUCAGUUUUGUCAUGUGAUUGAAACCCAGGUUAAGAAUUCUGAGGCUCAGUCUGUCUUACAGGCAAAUCAAGUUGUUCCCAUUAAAUGCGCACGUGUGUCUGGGCAUCACAGAAGUGAUGUACUCUGCCCUCCUGCAGUUUCUCCUUUGCUUUUCUGCCCACCUCUCACCCCAUGCUGUUCUCUUAUUUCCAGUGAUUCUCCUCCGUCGUUUAGUUUGGGAAUCCUUUUUGAACGACAGUUUUAUGAAAGCAUGUUGGAUUUAAUUGGCGUUGAAAUAGCUCUGGAAUCCACGUAUAAAACCAAGCACUUAGAAACACAGUAGUAGUAGUAACUACCUCUAUCCAAUUUCAGAGACUGUCCCUGUAACUUGCUCACAUGUAAACACUGGGUCUGAUAUAGCGUUUGUCAACCUUUUUAGCAGCAUCAUGGCACAAAAGUCGUAAGACCAUGUGGAAAAAUUAGGUGAUUGUUGGCAAGUGGAGUAUAUGACUUUGGAGGCUUCUGAGGAGAAUAUUUCGUGUAUUUUGCUUGUGAUUCAAGUUGUCACAGUUGAGACUUAGUUGCUGCUUAUUUCCUCUGCCAUGUGCAUCUGGCCCGCACGGUCACAAUAUGAAGGUUUGAGGACAGGAUUAAGCUUGAAAUCAUUGUAGAAAAGCCAUCCUAGGAAGUUGAGAUGGAGAGGCUUCAGGAGUAGGCCAAUCUUUGAAUUCAUGGAAUAGAACCUCAGGAGUUUGCCAAAUUUAUUUCAGUUCAUAACAUAAGGUGUUUCAAAUAAAUUCUUGGUUAUUUUGCAUGGAAAAUUGAUACUUAAACUCAGCUACAAUCCUUUGCAGUUUUUGCUUUCUUGAAGAAAUCAUAAGCCAGGCAUAGAGGAUUCAUGUUCAGGCUUAAAGCACUUUUAUAACUGAGAAGUGCCUUUUUUGGAAAAGGGUGACCGUCAGCAGUUCGUGAACUUGCCACCUCUGCCAGUUGAGUUUCUGGGCAGAGUCGUGUGUUGUCUCUCCCUUGCCCUGCUUUGGCGUGAAUCAAAUCUUUUGGUAGAGGUAGACGCAAAGUGUGUGUGUGUUCGUUUGGCUUUGCAUCUGCAGCCUGUAGCUAUGCCAUUCAGUUCAGUGUUUGGUGCAUAAUUGGACCUUGAAUCAAUAGAUGUAAAUAGAGCUUUUGAUCUGUUACGCUUUUAUACAAAGUUUUUUUAUUUUAAUAAUAAAACAUUUUGUUUUA